UGCUUAGGAGACCUGUCUGGAGUCACUCAGCACACCCUGGAUUCAAACUUGCAACUCCAGGGGUGAUAGUCAGCGUCUUUACUCGCUAGGCUACCCAGGCCCCCAAACGAAAGGAUUUUUGAGUCGUUACCGGAUUACCUCUCAACACAGUUGACGCAACAACUUGGAAAUCGUGCUGUAUCUUGAUAGGUGGAAUCUAAAUAAACCUGCCACAUUUGGUGACAGUGACUCAAACUGAUCAGAAAUUCAUGAAAAUCUGCCAAUAACUAUCCAUUAACUUCUUUGGAUUCCUUUAAAUGCAGAAAAAAUUAAGACGAAUUACGAAACGUUUCCAUUAGAAGUGGAUUUCAGGAACAUAAUGUAGGAUAUGGACAUAAUAUGUAGGACAUCACUACGACAUUCACAAGAACGGUGUACAACAGCGAGGUGAGAGUGACUGUCACAUCUGAAUUCAUUCAGCUCAUGGAAUCUUCCAGAGGGACCCAGUUACACGUUUCAUAAACAUACUCAUUAUUGAUGCAGCAACACAAAAAGAGCAAUUAAAACCACACAAAAAAUAGACCGUUCAUAUUACACACCCAAACUAGAGAGAGAGAGAUUGUCAUUGAUUAGUGUGAAUGAGGCAAGCUGCUAAUGGUGCUGAACUGAAUCUCACAGACAUUGAUUGAAACAUCACACUGGAACGAGAGAUGCAGAGAAUGAGAGAAGCACAACAAAGAGAGAAAAGUUGCAGGAUCUAGAAUUGUACGUUUGAAGUGGCUCCUUUAAAUGCUUCAUCAUCUCACAGUAAUGCUGAUUGCUUCAAUUGCACAUGCUGGAAAACAGUGUGACUAAUAUGUCCAACGCAUUCUCACACAGAGUUGGGUUGAUGAGGAGCACGGCCCCAUCCUGAUCUCAUGAGAAUUUGUAUAUAUUCUUACAUAAAGUGUGAUAUUAGCAGACAUGCAUUUGCUCACGUCUGCAUUGUCACCGAAACGUACAACAUCUAUAAAACUUAAUCAUUUAUGCAUUAACACCUUUAGAAACCUACAGACGUUUAUGUAAAUUCAUGGUGAUCUCAUGAGUAGUUGUAUGUACUCUCAUGUAAAGUGUGGUUAUAGCAAAAGGACAUUUGCAUAGACACUGAACGAACAAUAUUUACAGCAUCUAAAACCUUUUUUCCCAAUUUGGAAUGCCCAAUUCCCACUACUUAGUAGGUCAUCGUGAUGGCGCAGUUACACACCUCAAUCCGUGUGGCGGAGGACAAGUCUCAGUUGCCUCCGCUUCUAAGGCAGUCAAUCUGUGCAUCUUAUCACGUGACUCGUUGUGCAUGACACCGUGGAGACUCACAGCAUGUGGAGGCUCAUGCUACUCUCCACGAUCCACGCACAACUUACCACACGCCCCAUUGAGAGCGAGAACCACUAAUCACGACCACGAGGAGGUUACCCCAUGUGACUCUACCCUCCCUAGCAACCGGGCCAAUUUGGUUGCUUAGGAGACUUUAUGUAAUGUAUAAGCAGAGGGGGCUUCAAGGUAAAAAGGUUGGGAUCCACUGGUCUAGCACAUGUUUUCACAGAAAAACAACUGCAAAACAGCAUAUGGACUCACGGACGCAGAGAUGCAUCUCUAUAAGACCUGAUAUUCGUCAUCAGCCAGUUGAAGAUGGAGCGGUCUAAAUCAGUGUUUGACCACUGGAUGUACAGAGAUAAUUGCACUUUUAAGACGACACGGGGAAAAACAUCACUGUGCAAUGUAAACUCAGCCUUCCAAAGGAUGUGGAAGAGAUAUCUUCAGGAGGUUCUCUCACAGGUUCUGCUGUUGGUUUUCAUGGUGGCUCUACUGGGAUUUCCAGCACAAUCUGAAGAGCAUCAAGCGCUGCAUCACGUGCGGACGGGCACAUGUGAGGUGGUGGCGUUACAUCGAUGCUGCAAUAAAAACAAGAUUGAAGAACGCUCACAGACCGUCAAAUGCUCGUGUUUCCCAGGACAAGUCGCAGGAACGACCCGAGCAGCUCCUUCAUGUGUUGACGCGUUGAUAGUGCAGCAGAAAUGGUGGUGUCAGAUGCAUCCGUGUUUGGAUGGAGAGGAGUGUAAAGUGUUGCCGGAUCUCAAAGGCUGGAGUUGUGCUACUGGAAAUAAGAUCAAGACUACAAAGAUCUCCUCGGACCGGGAUCAGCUCUGGUGACCGCUGGAAACCAGAUACAGACCGACUUUAGCACGACCCAAAAACAUUCAAGAGUGGGCUGUGAAGGAGCAUCUCAUUGGUUUGGCCAACCGAAGGAAUACACCCUUCUGAACCAUUCGGUCAUUUCAUUCGUGAACGAACUGAAUGUACUGGUACACUUGUUUGCGAACGAUAUGAAUGAAUCAGUCAUCAUGAACGAGGAUCAGCUGACAGGCUGAAUGAGAAGAGAAGCUACAUGCCAUUCGUUCAGUUCGGCAAUCUCGUUCAACAAGAAAAUGGGCCGGAUGAAUUAUGAAUAAAAGUGAGUGAUGACCACACAUUACAAUGACAUACGGACAUUAUUGAAACUAAUAAUAAUUUUUUUAGGCUGGUAUUGUUGUCCUUUUUUAUAUAUAGCUUAAUUAAAAAAGUCAUGCUCAGCAGUUCACAGUAUGAUAGAUUUGGUUUGUUGUCAUUUGUGGGGAAAUGAUUAUGAUGCUUAAACUCUCUGCAGUGCUGAAAUCUCAUAUAGAAUUGCAGACAUGCAAAUUUUAAUAAAUGAUAAUUAGACUUGUUCCAGUCGUGAAUGACUGCUUUUGGUUCAAUGCAAUUACUCAAAAGAUGGUCAUUUGUUAUGUUAGUCUAUAACUGCAUAAUUUGUUCAUGUUGCUCACAAGCCAGCAACAUUGUUUAAUAUAUAAUUGUUCAUUCAGACAACUCUAUUAGGCUAUUUGGAGCAACAUUUGGGGGAAUACUCUUGGUCUAACAUGUGUUUUUUUUUAUUUAUCUCCUUUUCUCCCAAUUUGGAAUACCCAAUUCCCACUACUUAGUAGGUCCUCGUGGUGGUGCGGUCACUCACCUCAAUCCGGGUGGCGGAGGACAAGUCUCAGCUGCCUCCGCUUCUGAGACCGUCAAUCCACUCAUCUUAUCACGUGACUCGUUGUGCAUGACACCACGGAGACUCACAGCACUCCACGAUCCACGCACAACUCACCACGUGCCCCACCGAGAGCGAAACCACUAAUAACGACCACGAGGAGGUUACCCCAUGUGACUCCACCCUCCCUAGCAACCGAGCUAAUUUGGUUGCUUAGGAGAACUGGCUGGAGUCACUCAGCACUCCCUGGAUUCGAACUCACGACUCCAGGGGUGAUAGCAGCGUCAAUACUCGCUGAGCUACCCAGGCCCCAACAUGUGUUUUUAUGUACCGUAAAUGCAAAGUAAUUCACAUUCGUUGUAUCUGGAUGGGAAUAUCUAGGGUGGCUUUAGACUGGUUUGUUUCCUAUUUGUCGAAUAGGAAAUUUGAAGUGUCUUUUGGAGAUUAGAUGUCCUCCUCUUCAACAAUAAAUUGUGGUGUUCCGCAAGGAUCACUGUUAGGGCCAAUAUUGUUUUCUCUAUAAAUGUUAUGUCUUGGUUCUGUGAUUCAAAAAUACAACAUUCAUUUUCAUUGCCAUGCAGAUGACCUACAGUUGUAUUUGUCAUUGAAUCUCGAUCUGACUAAUUUAAAUGUUCUUCAAAGCUUAUAGCAGAUAAAAUAAAAUGGAUGGCAUGCAAUUUUCUGCAGUUAAAUUCUGAUAAAACAGAGGUUGUUAUAAUCGGUCAUGAUUUUAAAAAAAAUCAGAUUGAGUCACCACUUAAUCAAGUGGUCCUUAAUAUUCAGCAGGUGGUGAGAAAUUUGGCUAUUUUGACACAAAUUAAAAUUUUGAAUAUCACGUCAGGAACUUAGCUCAGUCUUGCUUUUAUCAGUUAAGGAACAUUUCCAAGGUGAGACCGGUUUUAAGUUUUAGGGAUACAGAGAAGCUUUUUCAUGCUUUUAUUUUGUCUCGCCUUGAUUAUUGUAAUGCCCUGCUUUCAACUUUAAAUCAACGCACUUUAGCACGGCUACAAUAAGUGCAAAAUUCUGCAGUCUGACUUUUGACACGAACAAGGUCUUUUAAUCAUAUUACUCCAGUUUUAGUUUCUUUGUACUGGUUACCAGUUCAUUUUAGGGUUGAUUUUAAGAUUUUAUUAAUUACAUAUAAGCCAUUAAAUGGUUUGACGUCAGAUUAUUUAGCAGAGCUUUUAAGACCUUACAAAACAGUCCUCUUAGACCUUCUUGUCAUCCAGAUUCAAAACUAAAGACGAUAGCGUGUUUGUAGUGAACGCCCCUCGAUUCUGGAACAGCCUGCCCUGAGAUAAUAGACCUGCUGAAUCUGUGUCUGUUUUUAAGUCUCGUGUGUUUUGAUUUUAUGUUUUGUGAAGCACUUUGUGCUGGAUUGCUGAAAGGAACUACAGUAUAUAAAUAAAGUUAUUAUUAUUAUUAUUAUUAUUAUUAUUAUCUGUAACUCAAAAUCCCCCAUAAGCUGGGUAAAAUGCACUUUAAUUUUUUUUACAGUGCAUAUAGCUUCAGAAGACUUGAAAUAUAAUGCAUUAAUCAUAUGAGCAAAUGUUCUGAUACUUGAAUGGGUUUUUUGGUCCUCUUUGGAGGUUGAUGU